UUAUAAUCUGAUAAAUUUUCGUACCUUUCAAAAAUGGAGAACUCAAGCCCAUCAACAAGCCGGAAACGGCAACGCGCCGGCGAGUCAGAUCCCGAGCCGGCGUCGGACCUCAACGACGAUCAAUUAUUGUCACUUGAGGAAAAUUUCAACUUCAGUGAUACACUGGUGGCUCUUCGCAUGAUGCGUGCUCACUUUCCCCGUAUUGAUAAGGUUUCAGUUCAGCCUUUCAUCUUGCGGUCACAGUUAUACAGCAGUGUAAAGGACCGGACACAAGUGGACAGAGAGUUGGAGUCUCUAAGGAGGGAAGGAGUUCUGCGUACUUUUAAAUUAAGUAUUGGACAGGAUGAUCAUGCUAUAAUGUUUUUGGACGACUACUUUAGUCAGAUUGAACUUGUCAGUAAAAGAUUGGAGGCACAGAAACAAGAAGGCCUUACCGUUUUUGAAUGGUUCAAGGAGCAUGUAAUUCAUUCAAAGCUAGAUCCCAGUAUUGGACAUGAAGAACUUUGUUCACUUCUGUCGUUGGGAGGCAAGGUGAAGGAGGAACACAUCUCCCUCUUGAUAAAUGCUGGACUUCUGACUCGACAACUUAUUGAUCCGAACAUGUACUGGUUUGCGAUUCCAAAUAUUGGAUCAAUUCUCAAGGGCCUUUCACAGGGAAGAAAGGAGCUUAUGUCUUUCCUCAACCGUAGAAAGUACAAAGAGAUGGCGAUGGCUGCUCUGGAAAAGAAGCGCCUUCGACUCUCUCCACUAGAUAUGAGAUUUCAUCUCAGAGAUUUGCUAGGAUCAGGCCAUCUCAAAACUGUCGAGGGGCCCACAGGUUUAGUUGUUAAGGUUGUGAAGGAUUAACUUAUAUUUAUUCUGAUUAGACAAUUAACAAGUGUUCAAAUUCCUUGUUUGAAGACUCGAUAACAUAACAUUUUCAUGUGAAUCUAAACUUAUAUACACCUUCAAUGUACAAUAGUUGAACAGUCAUAAUUUUCUCUUCUUUGA